UUGAUUUCCGGGGAACGUAAACGCGAUUCUCACGUUACGCACACGGCGUUUUCUCGUGCCCGCGCCCGUCGGCGCGUCACAGCCGCAUGUAGUUUGUUUCGGUUCAGUAGCAACACAGACAUGGCUGCUUUCAGUAAGAUACAUAACAGCUGCUACGAAGUCGGUCAUACCUGGAGCCCAUCGUGUGUGCAGGCCGCUCUAGACGUCACCAGCGGGGCUCUGGAGGUGUCUUUCAAAAUAUAUGCYCCUCUUUACCUGAUAGCGGCAAUUCUACGGAGGAAGAAGAAGGAUUAUUAUUUAAAAAAGCUUCUCCCGGAGAUCCUGACGUCAACAUCUUUCCUGACCGCCAAUGGAGGCCUCUACAUUGUUUUCUUCUGCAUUCUCAGGAAACUGUUCGGAGGGUUCUACUCCUGGUCCUCUGGGUUUGGUGCAGCCCUGCCUGCCUCCUACAUUGCCAUCCUUCUGGAACGCAAGAGCAGGAGAGGUCUGCUAACAAUAUACAUGGCCAAUCUUGCCAGUGAGACGUUGUURCGCAUGGCAGUGACACGAGGUCUGGUCAAACCCAUCAAACAUGGCGAGGUACUUUUGUUCUGCAUAACUGCAUCCAUCUUCAUGUUCCUCUUCAGGAGUAAAGAUGGUCUCAAAGGUUUUGCGUUUUCUGCAUUAAAAUUCAUCAUUGGGAAAGAAGAGAUCCCAGCUCAUUCCAACGUUGCAGAAACUCACGGCCCAAGUCUCCCCGAGAGGACGGCUGCCAUAGAGAGCGAACGGCUGCAGGCAGCAGCAGAACGACUCAGCCUCAGGAGGAGAACUCUGAUAGCCUACACCAGGGAUCUGCUGCAGUCGUUAUGCAAACGGGGUCCAAGACACAGAUGUUGUAAACAUUACCAGGACAACUGCAUUACAUACUGCGUUAAAGGCUUCGUCAGGAUGUUCAGUAUUGGCUAUCUUAUCCAGUGUUGUCUUAAAGUGCCCUCAGCAUUCAGGCAGAUGUUCUCCAAACCCUCAUGCCUGCCCUCUGUCUUCUACAACAAAGAGAACUUCCAACUCGGAGCCUUUCUUGGCUCUUUUGUCAGUAUUUAUAAGGGAACAAGCUGCUUGUUGCGCUGGUUGCGUAACAUCGAUGAUGAGCUCCAUGCACUGAUAGCRGGCUUCCUGGCCGGUAUCUCAAUGUUUUUCUACAAAAGCACAACUAUAACCAUGUAUCUCUUCUCUAAGCUGGUGGAGACCAUGUACUUCAAAGGGAUUGAGGCUGGCCACUUCCCUUACUUUCCUCAUGCAGACACAGUUAUUUAUGCCAUCUCGACAGCUAUCUGUUUCCAAGCUGCAGUGAUGGAAAUGCAGAACCUCAGGCCUUCAUACUGGAAGUUCCUGCUCCGUUUGACUAAGGGCAGGUUUGCUCUGAUGAACCGAGAGUUGCUCGAUGUGUUUGGGACUCAGGCGUCCCUGAAGUUUAAAGUGCCCAAACCGGACCCUCUGCAGGCCACGGUGCUCGGCCACACUGUGCUUCCACCUGGAGGUGACAUCACGCUUGGGUGACUUGAGCUCAAGCUCUAAAGGGGUCUAAUAGGGUUACCUCAGAAGGAAACAGAUAGGUUCUUUCAAAGCAACUUAAGGAUUUUCCAAAUGUUAAUGUUAAUGUUAAUGCUUGCUCAGGAGAAACAGGGAUGGGAUUGUGCUCAGAGUAGGGAUUUACAUGUAUUUUGGAUGAUGCAAAAAGUCUAAGUUCCUGUUUAAAGCAGGAUAUCAUGAGUGUUAACUGUGAAGCUAAUAAAUUACACUAACUGUUGAAAACGAAACACUUUAACCCCUCAUCGGAUGAACAUUGGUCUUAGUACACAUUUCUUAUAGUAUGGAAACAAUAAAAUAAAAUAAAAAACUUAAAUUUUUAGAUCACAUUGAAUUUCAUGCUGUCAUGAGAUUGCCCAUUUGAAAUUAUGUAAAAAAAAAUGUGAUGUUUUCUAGAUUAUAGUCAAAAGUACUCGCAUUCCUGAAGAAAAGCAGUUCCUGGUUUAAAAUCUACCCACAUGACUAAGUCAGUCACUGCAUCACAUUUAAUAAAUCUUACAGAUAUAAGACACACAUCUUCUGUCACCAGCUAUCAUUGAAAUGUUUAAAAUCUUUGUUUAGUAGCAUUUUAUAAGUUUGAUUUAUUCUUUGAUUGCUCACAUUUUUGAAGGUUAAUGACCUUUUACCCAUUCACAGCAAGACGUUACCAUCUUAGCUCAGUUUUAUUGAUUUUUUUUAAUUCCUAGUGAAAACUAUAAAUAGUAUUUAACAAAAAAUGCUAAUUUAACUUUAAACCAGUUUUUCAUAUCAGAUGGAUUUUGGGAGAAUUAAUUCAACCAAGAUUCUGGUUCAGUUCGUGCAGUAAGAAUUUUUUUUUCAUUUCUUUAUUUGACUACAUCUAAUAAAAUCACAUUCCUUUUUAUUUUUAAUCACAAUGGUAUCAAAAUGUUGACUUUUGUGUUUAAACAUGCUAUUGUUUGAGAUUUUGUGUUCAAGUCAGUGAUACAGCACAGACCAUAAAUAAAACACCAAGUCUUCUCUGAGUCAGGUGUUGGUUAAUGUGUGCGUUGGAUUUUUGCUGCUGGAGACAUUUUAAUUACAAGAUGUAGAAAAAAGAAUGUCCGUUGUUUUUGAUUGUUGGCAAUGGUAGAAAAAACAGGCUUUUUACUACAGUUUCACUUCUAUUGGGAUGGACACUUUUAUCUAUUUCCUUUCUGCAGUUUGAUUGAAACUCAUUUCAAUUGAAGUUGACACAAAGAUGUCUGAGUCUGAUUCAGAUGUAGACAACUUAAAAAAUUAUGUUCUGAUAGUUGUGAAUGUAUUUAAAUCAGUGGGUAUACCUGACUGAGUUUAUAACUAUAUAGCCUUUAAUAACAAUGAAAUGGAGAUGAUUUGAGAUAGUUUUUUUGAGGAGAAAGCAGAGGUGAUGUGUCACUAUUAUAAACAAAUGUUUAAUUGAACUUAAAUACAUUUUUCUAAAUGUUAAGCAUUUUGCUUCCCUAAAUCUGUGACUUUGAGCAAGAUCAGAAUUAAUUUAUUAAUUAUUGAUUCACACCAAAUAGUGUUUGUUUCAUUAAAAAGAGAAACAUUAAUAUAUUUAUUGGAUUAAAAAAAUGGCUGAAAUCGUUGAUCACCUUGAAAACACCCAGCAAAUUAAGAACAGUAAAUCUGUACUUGUUUACUGAAAGAAACGGUCUGGAAUAAUUUUGUGGAUAAAACCUAAAGGUUAAAAAAUAUUUAAAGGAUGGAACGUAUCAACGUUUAUGUAGUUUUGUUGUUUUAUUUGGAUGCCUUUAAAAAGUGUGGACUUUUUACGGAAAGUUGAAAACUUAUCAUUCGACAACAAUAUGUACAGAAUAUAUCUGAAAUUUACUAAUGGCUUCCACUCCAGCAAUUGGAGUUUUUUUAGUCUGUGUGCAUGAACACAAGUGUUGUUCUAAAAAAUCUGUUGAAAUACAUGAAGAAAAUUGUCGUUGGCAUACUAACUCAGAGCAAAGAUUUUCUGAUGAAUUUGUUAGGUUGAAGCAAUGUGAAUUUAGAUGAAACAGAAGCAUUCUUUUGCUCUYCUGUGUUUGAUAAAAGUUUUACAGUGAGGAUCAACUUUAACGCCAGUGCAGUUCACAAAAGCUACAUCUACACAUUUUUCUGGAAGGUAAUUUAAUUGCAAAUGUUUACAAAAACAAAUUCUGCAUUCACUUGAAAUUCCACUUAGACAAACAUGACCUAUAAACCAGUAAGCAGACUGUGAAAAUUACACAUCAAAAUACACAUWUAAAGGAUUAAAAUGUGACUGUAAUGUGCCGUUCACAAUUCUAAUGUAAUUGGUUGAUGCUUUUACUCAUGUGAAUAUGAUUUUUAUUAAAAUAUUUUUAAUCUAUA